AUGAGAGUCGUAGACGACGAGGCGUUUGAUCCAAUGGAAGCAAAGCACGAGAUAGAGUGUUUAAUGGGUUUGUUUUGGUAUCUCCGAGGAAGUAGAGUUCGUCGUACCGACGCCCAGCACCGUGCUCAUCUCCCGCCUCCCGAUCAUUUCACUUUGUACGAGGCGUUCUACGACCUAUGCUUCCUAUGGUUUCCCAUUCCCGAGGUGAUUCGUGAGUAUCUUUGGAAACACAAGAUCUGCAUUGGUCAAAUCAUGCCGAGGGGUUUGCGAUAUAUGAUCGGGAUCUUGGUGCAGAGUUUCGAGUGUCAUGUAGACAUCGAGCUCGACCAUUUGCUGAAUUUACUGGAGAUUCGCAAGAUUAACGGGGCGUCGAUUGGCGACGGCUUUAUCAGCAAGAUCAAAACUGAUAGGAGACCGAUUGUUCGUGAAUUUCUUCCCCGGUGCCCUGACGAUCUGUUCGAAGUUUGGGAUACACUAGCUGCCAACCGAACCCAUUGGAAACGCCAUUUCUCGCUGGAAAGAGUCGAACGAGCCCGGUCUAUUGUUGCGGGUGUCUUAGUUAGCUCUGAACUAUCCAACUCAUCGGGCGAUACUCGCGACAAGAUGGUGAUGGAGAUUUUCCGGGAGAGAAAGAAAAGAGAAGCUGAGGAAGCGUGGUCAAAAUACGGUGUUAUCAUUGCCCCCGAGGUGACCUCUAAUAUUCCUGACGAGCAGAGGUUCUCCGCCGGUGCAACCAAGUUGGCCAUCCUCGCUCUCCCGCAUUUACCGAGGCCCCCGACUUCCAAACUUGUGAAACACGAAGCUGCGAAUCGCAAGCGCUCUGCCGUGGAGAAGGGCAAAGGCAUUGUUCUGGACAAAGACGAGCUGCUUAAGAAAAGGCAAAAGGCAGCUGUCGGCAAGCCAACCCCGAAAAAUCUUAUCGUGGACGACGCUACUGCUUCAGCCCAAUUGUUCUUUGCCGCACCCCGAGAAGCUUAA